AAUGAGCCAGAGACUCCCAAGUGUCUAUCCAACAGGUCUCUGUGCUGCAGAGCCCAGGAGGAGCUUUGGUCUUGACCUCUAUGGCAUCCCCAUCUCUUGGAUGGGUGUCCCAGAUGAAGGUGGGAAGGGAUUAAUAGUGCCUGGAUUUCAUAGAAUCCUGGAAUCACCAGGUUUGGAAAAGACCUCUUGGAUCAUUGAGUCCAACCACUCCUAUCUGCCACUAAACCACGUUCCUGAGCACCUAGUUUAUCCAUCUUUUAAAUACCUCCGGGGACGGAGACUCAGCCACCUCCCUGGGCAAAUCCCCCCUGGAUUUGUCCCACUCCCCUCCCACGGCCCAUUUAUGUUUGACCCCAGUGUCUCCACGCACCCCUGAAGGGUUAAGCCUGGCUUGGGCUGUUCAAACACCUCCAGCUGAGGUAAGCACCCAGCUUGUUUGUUCAGGUAAAUAAGGAAGGAAUUCGAUAUAAUGGGCAAAGGAGGCAUUUGCUGAGCACCUUGCACACAGCUGGGCUGACGGCUUCCCCCUAGCAUUCCUCCAAACAGCCGCCCGCUGCCUGGUUUCACCCCUCCUCACCCUCAGAGCCGCUCGGGGUGCCCCGUCCUUGUCCCCGUCCCGUUGGUGCCCAUCCAAUGCAGCUCAGCCUGGCCACCCUGCUGCCACCGUGCCGGCGUUGAGCCGGGCAGGGUGCUGCUGGCCACCAUCCCCGCCGGUGCCGGGACACCCUUCUUCGGUCCAUGCCCAUCACGCCGAGCGCCACAGGGAUGGCUUUUCCCACCCUACACCGGGAUCCAUGCGGGUUCUGAGCCACCUGCACGCCCUCAAGGUUUGCAGCCGGUGCUGAGCGAAGGGAUGGGCAGUGCCAGUCCUGGACUCACCGCUCUGCCCCACAGCCGCCUCACCCGGCCGGACGCUGCUCUCCUGCCACCCCUGAGGGACCCCAACACCCGGAGCUGGGGGUGCCCGGAGAGCCCCAGCCCUCCUGCCACCCCCGAGCAGCCCCUGCCUGCUUUCUGCCUGCAUUACUUUGACAUGCUCUACUCCGAGGACAUCACCUGGGCCACCAAGGGCAUGGGGGAACCAUCCCAAAGCGGUGCCCAGGGAGGGCGAGGAGAGCCCCAGAAGGAGCCGGAGCAAUGUCCCAUCAUCGACAGCCAGGGUUUUGGGCUGGGGGCUGAGGGGGACCUGCAGGCCAGCCUGCACCUGGAGGAGCACUCGCUGGAGCAGGUCCAGAGCAUGGUGUUGGGUGAAGUGCUGAAGGACAUCGAGACGGCUUGCAAGCUCCUCAACAUCGCCGCAGACCCUGCAGACUGGAGCCCCAGCAAUGUGCAGAAGUGGAUCCUGUGGACGGAGCAUCAGUACCGGCUGCCGCAGAUUGGGAAAUCCUUCCAGGAGCUGUCAGGAAAGGACCUGUGUGCAAUGUCUGAGGAGCAGUUCUGCCAGCGCUCGCCUGCCUGCGGUGACAUCCUGCACGCCCACCUCGACAUCUGGAAGUCUGCCACCUGGAUGAAGGAAAAAAUCGCUCCGGGAGAUGUGAGAUACUGUGGAGGUGAUGCCAGCUGGGCGGACAACAAGGUGGACUCAUCCUGCGCCGGACAACCCAUCCACCUUUGGCAGUUCCUCAAAGAGCUCCUGCUGAAACCCCACAACUACGGCCGCUUCAUCCGUUGGCUCAACAAGGAGAAAGGCAUCUUCAAGAUUGAGGACUCGGCACAAGUGGCCCGUCUGUGGGGCAUCCGGAAGAACCGCCCGGCCAUGAACUACGACAAGCUGAGCCGCUCCAUCCGGCAGUAUUACAAGAAAGGCAUCAUUCGGAAACCCGACAUCUCCCAGCGCCUCGUCUACCAGUUUGUCCACCCGGUCUGAGUGGUG